CUCUAACGGCAAAGGGCCGUCUAGGUUUGCUUGAACGGCAGAUCGUUCAAGCCAAUCCUAUCCUGGAAGCCUUUGGUAAUGCACAGACACAACGCAAUAAUAAUUCGAGUCGAUUCGGCAAGUUCAUCAGGAUUAGCUUUGCUCCCGACGGCAGCAUCGCUGGGGCGAACAUAGAUUGGUAUCUACUAGAAAAGAGUCGUGUCGUAGUGAGGAGCGAGGCUGAAAGGAAUUUUCACGUUUUCUAUCAACUAAUGUCAGGCAAUGAUGCACUGAAAGAAACUCUAUUAUUGGAAGGUGAUGUUUCAGAGUACGAGUUCCUAAACAAGAGUAGACGAGAAGUCGAUGGCGUCAACGAUAAAGAGGAGUGGGAUGCAUUGAUAGUAAGCUAUGCUGUUCCUAGUCGAUUCUGAAACUCUGACAUAGCUGUGUGCAGAAUGCCUUCGAUGUUGUAGGCUUUACACAGGCAGAGC